GGGCGGGCCCGAGCGAGACUGAGCGAGACCAGAGGGGUGCAAGGGCCCCGCUCCGGCUGCGGGCGGAGCGUGCGGGAGACCAUGUCCAGCGGCAGCAGCAGCUGCAGCCAGACCCCAAGCCGGGCCAUCCCCGCCACUCGCCGGGUGGUCCUCGGCGAAGGCGUGCACCUGCCGCCCGGGGACUACAGCACCACCCCCGGCGGCACGCUCUUCAGCACCACCCCGGGAGGUACCAGGAUCAUCUACGACCGGAAGUUCCUAAUGGAGUGUCGGAACUCACCUGUGACCAAAACGCCCCCGCGGGACCUGCCCACCAUUCCCGGGGUCACUAGCCCUGUGGGUGAUGAGCCCCCUACAGAAGCCAGCCAGGACCACCUGAGCAGCAGCCCACAGGACAAGCCGGCGGGCGGUGAAGAGUCACAAUUUGAGAUGGACAUUUAAAGGGCCAGCCGUCGGAGUGAGCAAUGCCGCUGGGCCCCAGAGGCCCGUCUCGGGAGAAGAGUCACACCAGCCAGGCCUUACGAAAGUUACCAUCCGGGGCAGGCUUCGGGUGUGGAGCCUUCCAGCCCCGCCCGCUGCUCCCUCACUCAGGGCACCUGCUCCCCCACCCCUUCGUGGACACCAGCAGAUACCUCCGUGUGCCUCCAGCCCUGUAGGAACCGUCACCCCGAGGGCAGUGACCUCAGGCACACCCUGCAGCCCAGGGCCGGCUAGUGGACACGGAGGAGUCCUCCGGCUCUCCCAGCCCCCUCCUCCAGGGGGCGCACCCACCCCUUCCUUAGGUUGGUGUGUGGGAAAGCUCCCCUCCCCCUCCCUUCCCAAAAAAGGAAAUAAAAGCCACCUUCGCCCUAGGGCCAAGA